AUGUCCGUGUACACCUACUCUGCAGAGCUAAUUAGUACACUAGUGGUCUACUAUAUAUAUUAUCCUCCGCCUUCUGCCGUGCCAAGCACCACCAUUCCGACUCUAAUUCGUGGUGCAUCCUUCAAGUUGUUGCUCCCUCAACUCUCGCCUUCGAACCUUGCCCUCCCUCUCUACUGGCCUUUGGGUGGUCAUUCUUCAAGUCCCGAGAAGCCAUGCCACCGACGCGCUUGGUUUUCAGGUUUUCAUAGCGAGAGUUCACAACUUCAUGCAGCUUGA